CAAACCGUUCAUCAGCUAGCGUAGCCACUGUCCAUAAUUUCUUUCGUUUUCUAGAAAAGCAGCAUUGUCGAAUUUAUUUGUAGUGGCAUGCUUGGCAGCCUUACGUCCACUCGAUUAUUUUCAAACGCGUCUCAUUUUCUGCCUCGAAAGUACAAACCAGGCAGACAGAAAUGCAUCUGUACGAAGACACGGGACGAUUGGUGUACGCCUGGAAUGCUGUCGAUGUGGAGAUGAAGGGUGGACUGCAGCACGGCCACGUGAUCGGCCUGGACGAGAACGACAACGCUCCACCGCGUCUGCUCGUCGAUUUCGGAUGCCCGACUCAGCCGGCGGUGCUGGUGCCCUAUGGGAAGAUCUGGGAAUGUUCCUCACGGCGAUUCACUGUCCUAAAUAAGGGAACUGCGGUGGAGGCGCUGCUGCACGACGGCCCGCACUGGAAAUGGUACCCGGGGAAACUGCUGAAGCCCCGCUUCGACGACCUGGAGGAGAUGGUGCUGGUAGAGGUGUUGGUGGACGGACAGCAACGUCGUGAACUGCUUCCCUGGCUGCAGGUUCGCGGCGCUUGCGCAGAAGCAGGGAGGCCAGGACAGAUUGAAGCGGGCCACUUCGUCCUGCAGACGUGCAGUGUGCCCGACGGGUACUGGAUUCUGGAGCGAUCGGUAGCGGCGUGGCUGUUGCGAGAGGUGGAGAGGAUGCACCAGCUGCGCUUUGUCCAGGUUCUUAGUCAGACGAUGCUCUAUCUGCGUUGCCGACGGGACAUGACGUGGGGCGGUGAAAAUAUGGUGGCGAUCGAGUUCGAGAGAAACAGAAACUUUUACAAUGAGCCACUGAAGAACGCCGGGACGUCGGCUGACGCUGAGCCCAAGCGGAAAACACCGGUGAGCGUGGGUGAAAAGCACCUGGCGUUGCCGUUGGAAGUGCUGAAGGAAAUCUUCCUGUCGCUGGACACCGUCGACCGCGUGCGCUGUCGCCGCACCUGCCAGCUGUGGACCAGGCUGCUCACUGCGGACGACGUGGGCAGCGAGGUGCGUGUGGCGCUCCCAGAGGACCGCGUUCGGGAUGUCUACGCCCUGUACGCUUGCAUCGCCAAGUCCAUCACACCCGCUACCCGCACCAUCUCCCUGCGCGAAAGUGGAAUGUAUCGCGAAGAAGUGUUCGACGUGGCGCAGAAUCUGCUGAAUGAUGCCGGGAUCCGCAUCCACCGCUUCAUCGUGCACCGCCGAUCCAGUAGCCUCGAGGAAUCCGCUGUGACGCUGCCCGCGCUGUCCUCCGAGAUGACCGCGGGUUGGACCGAGCUGCUGCCCUACUGUCAGCGGCUGAUUGUCAAGGAUUUCGCCCUGACCGUGCUGGAGGACGAGCUAACCGUUAUGGAGUUCCGCCUUCCCCUGAUCGUCUUUACCCGGGGACAGGUCGAUGAGGCGGACGUCGUGGACCUGUUCGAGAAGCAUCUGCACCACGAGGGGCCGCCGGUGGAUGUGCAGCGCAUCGCCCAGUGCAUGGCCAGUGGGAUGGUCAGUAAAGAGAGGGCCAGAGCCGUGAGAAAGAUUCUGCAAGCCUACCAAGCCAGCGAUCCGCGUCCCUCGGCGCACUAUCAGGAACACCGAUGGUCCCUGUACAACAUGGCCAGCGUGGACGUCGGCCAGCUGAACCACUUCUGCUUGUGCGCCUUAUCCCGCUACGUGAACGACUGGCGGCACGACGACGACUUGUCCAGCGAUUCCAGUGAUAACGAGUCCGAUGAGUCUGACUACUGGUAAAAGGCAUCCCUUUUUGUUUUUGAGGACUGCUAAUCAGCUGAAUGUUAAUGCGGUAGGCAAGCUCUUCGCGCGCGUGACACGUACCGCUCGCAUCACAGUCACGUGGUUAGCUGAGCGCUAUUUAUGUGUUUUUCUCAUGUUUUAUUCUAGAUAUUUUCUUCAGUUUUGAUAUUUUUCCGGAUCCGCACAGGGCACAGGUUA